UCAUUAUAUCAUUUCUAUCGAUAUGUCAACCGCUUUCUUAAGUUUUCUUAUAUUCUUCACUAUCACCAUCACAAUCUUCCUCGCAACUCUAGCAACAUCGGCCUCUUCACCACUUCAUCCAGAUGAAUUGAAUGCGCUAAAGGAGAAGAUAGCUAAUACACUUGGUAUCAAGAGAUUGGACUUAAAAUCUGGAGAUCCUUGCCGUUUGAGAACUCUAAAAACUGUUGAUUUUGUUUCAAAUAAGGAUACGAACAACACCAUUAUUUGUGAUCAUUGUAACAACUUGACAUGUCAUAUUACAGACUUAUAUCUCAAGACCAUGAGUCUUCCUGGGAAACUUCCGCCUCAGCUAAAAAAGCUUCCAUAUCUCAAGUCGAUAGACUUGUGCCGAAACUACCUUUCGGGCCCAAUCCCGAUGGAAUGGGCUUCAAUGUGAUACCUCACUUACAUCUCGCUUUGCGCGAAUAAUUUGUCUGGUCCUUUACCAACUGGUUUACAAAACUUCAAAAAUUUGACAUUCCUAGGGGUUGAAGCUAACCAGUUCUCUGGUCCGAUUCCUGAUGAGCUAGGCAAUUUGACUAACCUAACAGGAUUGGAACUUGCGUCCAAUCAAUUCACAGGUCGCCUUCCUAUUACUCUUGCUAGGCUGGUAAACCUUGAAAAAGUUAGGAUAGAUGACAAUAACUUUACUGGAAUCAUCCCAGAAUACAUUGGCAACUGGUCUCGGCUUAAAAAGCUACAUCUAGACGCAAGUGGACUGAAAGGACCUAUUCCUGACGCAGUAGCCCACACAGAAACUCUUACUGAACUGAGUAUUUGUGAUACGACUGGGAUAAACUCCUUUCCCCAGAAUAUAUCUAGCAAAAUCGAACACCUGAUUUUGAGGAAUGUGAGUAUGUCUGGUCCAAUUCCUUCUUAUAUCUGGAAUAUUGAAACCGUAAAGACUCUUGACUUAUCAUUUAACAAGUUGACUGGUGAAGUUCAAGGAGUACAAUUCGUACCAAAAUUCAAUUGCUAUUUGACUGGCAAUAUGCUUUCUGGAUAUAUUGAAUCUGGUGCUUUACUCAGCAGCAAAUCUAUUGUCGAUCUCUCGUAUAACAACUUCUCAUGGUCGCCUAGUUGCCAAGAAAAGCGUAAUGAUGGGACGCCCAAUGGUCUAAGAGAAGAAAUAGUCGAGGCAUUGAAAAAAAUGUUGGACACUCAUAAUACUCAUGUCAAAGCAUUUAGAACAGCUCGUGAUAGGCUUUCAAUGAGACCUGACUUGAAUGGUAUGCGCCUGGUACUCAGAAGCGGUAGAGCGACCGAUGGUAGAACUCAUAAUCUUCCAACCGCAAAUGACGUCGCCGCACUAAUACCUGGUGACUUUAGUGGUGAUAGAGAUAAGCGUGAUAUUAUAAUAGAGAGUGAUAAAGGUGAAUUUCAACGGAUCAGUGAGUUGCAUCCCAUUUAUCUACCAUUGCAAUACCCAUUGUUGUUUCCAUAUGGUGAAGACGGAUUCAGGUUAGGUAUUGAUAUUGGUUUUAUUAACAUGGAGGAUCAUUAUGAUAAGAUUGUCUUAACUGCUGAAAAAGGUGAAUCUAAUCUUGCGGAGCAAGGUAGGAGAAUUUUCAUUCCAUCUUCAUUUACUGGUGGUCCCAGAUCCUGGAAAGUACGGGAAAAAGGUUUUGCUAUUGGGAGAAUUACGUAUGUGCCACCUUCUUAUAUAGAAGCAUACCAUCUAAGAGUGUUGCUUAACAUUGUCCCGUGUCCGAAAAGCUUUGAGGAUUUACGCAAAGUGAAUGGAGUUGUUUAUCCUAAAUUUAAGAAUGCAUGUUAUGCUUUAGGAUUGCUUGAUGAUGAUAAAGAGUAUAUUGAGGCUAUUAAGGAAGCAAGUUUAUGGGCAUCUGAUUUGAUUAUGUCUGAUAUGCAGUUGAAGAAUCACGCAUUGUUUAAGAUAGAGAAAUACAUGCGUCGAAAUGGUAGCACUUUAAAGAAUUUUGACACAAUGCCUAGACCAGAUGAUCAAUUCACUCAGGCUGAUCUGAUAAGAGAAGCAAAGCUUAUCAUAUGGGAUGAGGCUCCUAUGAUGAGUAAAUAUUGUUUUGAAACUCUGGAUAGAAGUAUGCGUGAUAUACUCAAAAAUGAUGACAUUUUUGGUGGGAAAGUCAUUGUAUUCGGAGGAGAUUUCAGGCAAAUAUUGCCUGUUAUUGUAGGAGUAUUUUCUCAUGGACAACUUUAUGUGGCUAUAUCACGUGUUACUUCAAGAGCUGGUUUGAAGAUUCUGAUAACAGAUACAAUGGGUCAGCCACAAACCAAGACUUUAAACGUUGUUUACAAAGCCGUCUUUCAGAAUAUUGUAGAUCAGCGAUCACUACAUAUAAAUUGUGGUGGAGAGAGCGUGAGUAUUACAAACUCUUUGGGCAAAAUCACUUAUCAAGCUGAUAAUGGUAUAACCAACGCCGAAACAAAUCAGCACUCGGAAUUCUGGGGAAUCAGUAACACAGGUGACUUUAAGGAUGAUGGAAGCGAGGAUGAUACCUACACUACUUCAACUGGAGAUUCUACCGAUCUUUAUAAGACUGCACGUCGAUCAGCUCUCUCUCUAACUUAUUAUGUCUGCUUGGAAAAUGGAACCUAUAAUGUUCAACUCCAUUUUAUAGAGAUUCAGUUUUCAGACAAAGAACUAUACAGUCGUGUUGGUAGGCGCAUAUUUGAUGUCUAUGUUCAGGAAAAAUUGUUUUUGAAAGAUUUUAACAUCAAAGAAGAGGCUAAUGGGACUCUGAAGCCUGUGAUCAAAACUGUUAAUGCGAAUGUGACUGAUCAUGUAUUAGAGAUUCGGUUGUAUUGGGCGGGGAAAGGGACAACACUCAUUCCCAAAAGAGGAUAUUAUGGUCCUCUUAUCUCUGCUAUCUCCUUGUGUUACAGUCAGGAGCCACGAUGCGGAGCGGAGAAAAUAAAACAUCAAAUUAAAUAUCCCCUAAUUUUGGGGUCAAUGGGUGCCUUGGUUACAAUUAUUCUCUUGGCUUUGGGAAUAUAUGCUCGGAGAAGGUGCAGAGGAGGCAAUAACACAAGAGAACGAGAUCUGAAAGCCCAUGGUUUGCAAACAGUUUGCUUUACUUGGAGGCAACUGCGAGCUGCAACAAAUGAUUUUGAUCAAGCCAACAAACUUGGAGAAGGAGGUUUCGGAUCCGUCUUCAAAGGAGAGCUGUCAGAUGGAACUAUAAUAGCAGUCAAGCAGCUUUCUUCCAAGUCAUGCCAAGGAAACCGCGAGUUUGUCAAUGAGAUAGGCAUGAUCUCAGGGCUGAAUCAUCCAAACCUUGUCAAGCUUUAUGGAUGUUGUGUCGAGAAGAAUCAGUUGUUGCUUGUGUAUGAGUACAUGGAAAAUAACUCACUUGCUCUUGCGCUGUCUGGAAAAAACUCCCUGAAAUUGGACUGGACAUCGAGACAAAAAAUAUGUGUUGGAAUCGCAAGAGGGCUUGAAUUUCUUCACGAAGGAUCGAUGAUCAGGAUGGUUCACCGUGACAUAAAAACCACAAAUGUGCUUCUAGACGCUGACCUAAAUGCAAAAAUAUCUGACUUUGGAUUGGCUAGGCUCCAUGAAGAAGAACACACUCACAUUAGUACCAAAAUUGCAGGAACCAUCGGAUAUUUGGCUCCAGAAUAUGCAUUAUGGGGUCAACUAACAGAGAAAGCAGAAGUGUACAGCUUUGGCGUUGUGACAAUCGAAAUUGUUAGCGGAAAGAGUAAUACGAAACCGAAGUGAAAUGGUUAUUACGUCUCCCUUAUCAACUGGGCACUGACGCUGCAACAGACAGGGGACAUAAUGGAGAUUGUAGAUCCGAUGCUCGAAGGUGAUUUUAAUAGUACAGAAGCAGUAAGGAUGAUCAAUGUUGCUCUCCUUUGCACAAACUCAUCUCCUUCGUUGAGGCAAACAAUGUCAGAAGCUGUGAGCAUGCUCGAGGGAGAGACUGAAAUAACUCAGGUUAAUUCAGAUCCUGUUUUAUAUGGACACAAUUGGAGCAUCUCAUCCUCUGUUUCGGGUUCUGAUCUCUACCCAUUAUACCCAAAAUCUGUGAACAUAAAUUCCACAGUAGAGUUUCCUUCCCCGACACUGUAA